CAUGGUAUCAAUCCGGCGACAUCCUCAACAAUCAAAUUGGUUAUCUCCGCCAUUAGUCGCCACCAAUAACCAACCCUUUCGCCACCAGCUUGAAGAUUUAAGGAUUGUAUUAAAAUUCAGUAGUUAAACUGAACGCUUCGAUGACAGAAAUGGAUCAAAAGAUAACAGAAGCUUUGAAGAAGAUGAAUGCUUCGAAAGAAGGAGCCACUGCUAACGUACAGACAUUACUUCCACUUCUGGAGACAUUAAAGGUUCUUGAGAAGCAAGAAGAAGAAGAUGAAUCAAAUUACAGUGAAAUAUAUGAUAGACUUCAAUUGGAGGUCAGUGAAUUGGAGAAGAUGAUACAGAUCAAUGAUCCUGUUGAGAGAUUGAAUUCAGCAAAGAUGGAGCUUGCAUCAAAGCUAAGGGAAAUUAUAUCAUUAAAGCGCCAACGUGAUGAUAUUCCAACACAAGCAGAACUUAUUCAAUAUGAACGUAGGUUUUCAGAACUUAAUGUUCACAUUCAGGGAAAGCUUCGGCAAACUCGUAAAUACUAUGCAACAUAUAACGCUUUAUUGGAAAUAAAAGAACUGAUGUUGAAGGAAACUUCUUUAUUAAACUCCAUGAGUUCACAGUUACAUGAUGCACUUAAUAGUCCUGCUGGUCGAGUAACAUUGACUAGUUCCAUAGAUGGAAUUUCAAAGAGUAUUCAACAGAAGCUUAGAAAUGUGGAAGUAACGUUGGAAGCAGAGCAGAAAGCUUGUGAAGGUUUGAAGAAAAAACAUGCAGCAGCGAAUUUGGAGAAAAGGCGUUGCUAUUCUUUGUUAAAGGAGUUUCAAGAAGAAUGCACGAGGAAUGAGAGACUUAGGAAUCAAACUUCUUCUGUCUGAUAUCUGUGGUUAGAAAGAAUGUAAAGAUUUAUUAUUAUUUUUUUUUUUUUCCAAAUAUAGCUCAUAUAGUUAUACUGUUAGAUUUGUAUGGUUGUUUGGUAUAUGUUGUUUUGGUUUUGUUUUUUGUACCAUAUAUUUUUUAUGAUAUUAUUUUAAAACUAUAAAGCAAAUC